GACAGGAUUUUAGGUAUUGCACACUAGAGGCGGUGCAUGCGGAGGAACUGCAUGUAGUAGAUUCAGUGUGUUAGCGACUGCGUGGCGAUGAUGGGAACCGGUGGAGAGCGCGACGAGGAGCUGAUCUUAUCCGGUCAACUAUCCGAAAUAAGCUCAACAAUCUACGCGUCGUCCACGGAAUCCACGUGUAGCCCGUCAGUGACGCAAACACACGGGGCUGUGCCCGGGGUGGGUUUCAUCACGGAGCGACCGCUAACCGCCGCUGCGAGAGGUACAGGUGUGGCAAAACGAUCCAGUGGAGCAGUUAAUAUGAUCACAACACGGUUUCUGUUCUUGCUCAUCCUCCCUUCACUGAGUCUGUGUGCUCCACAACUUCAGCAAACACUCAGUGAUGACAUCGUUGUACCAGACCUUGCAAAUCCUUUUGGCUCCAGCGAAGACAACCGCAGGCUCUUGCAAAGCUACAUCAAGAGCAGCCUGAAGGAAGGACAGACCAGUCCAGAGCUGAACACAAGGGAACAAGAGGUGUUUUUCCUUUUCUCCCUGUAUGACUAUGACAGAAGUGGGCAGAUGGAUGGCCUUGAACUGAUGCAACUACUGACAGAUUUUCUGACUUACCAUGAAAUGUUGCCAAAGUCUGCAGAUUCUGUUGUAUCUUUGGUGGAUUAUCUGCUACAAACUCAAGAUCUGAACCAGGAUGGACUACUGGCUCCUUCAGAUCUGUUAUCAUCAUCCACGAUAGACCAUCAACAAGAAAACAAAAUUGUUCCCCCUGCUGAGGAAGCAUUAAAUCAGGAGCAAACACAUACAAAAUCAGAGGACGGAGUUUCUGAAACUCAUCAACAAGAUACAGAGGUCAACCAAGAGUCUGAACAUGAAAAUAGGACACAAGACUCAGCAAAAGAAGAAAACAUGGGGGCUGAGAAUCACAACCAGAUACCAGAAAAGCUUGAAGAACAUCAGAACUAACUGCAGCCUCCUGAAGAGCUGGGGCUGCAAGAUGAUCAUCAGGAACAGAAGAAAAUACCAGCCCAUCAAGAGCAACCAGAGACGUAAUGCCAAAUUAAGCAUGAAUAGCAACUUCAGAGACUCAUACAAAUCAGUCAUACAUUGGAAACCACUUACCUGCUGCAUAAACUGUACGACUGAUGCAUAAUUUAAUUCUGGAUAUACUAAAGUUAUGAAAGUACAAGAGCAUGGGUUACUGAUAUUAGAAUUGUGGUACACAAUCAAGUUAUUGCAAACCCUCUGAACUGAAUUAUAGAACCCAAACUCAAUCAUCUGAAUUAGUAAUGCCCCGUUCAAACCAUGUAAACCCAGAAAGUACAGCUUGGAUUUACUGAGAGUUUAAUGCAGAAAUCCAGUCACAGCCCAGGUUUAGCAACUAUUGUUAGGGUUUCGUAUCAAACUCUCGGCAUAUUCCUAUACCCAGCUCCUCUUGAGGUUUUAUACCUCCGAAAUAAACGGCUCAAUUAGAA